AUGAAUUCGUCUAGCUCAUCUGGUGGAUUAGUAAGAAGGACGAAUGCAGCAAAGAGUAGUAGCACAGAAUUUAGUUCAAGUACUUCCACAAAUAAUGAUCAUAAUGACAAUUUCAAAAAUGGAUCAGAAGACGAGAAUCCAGAAGAGUCAUCAGAUAAAGAGACACGAUUAACGUUAAUGGAAGAAGUAUUAUUACUUGGACUUAAGGAUAAGGAAGGCUAUACAUCGUUUUGGAAUGAUUGCAUAUCAAGUGGACUUCGUGGAUGUAUUCUGAUUGAAUUGGGGCUGAGAGGGCGAGUUGAAUUAGAGAAAGCUGGAAUGAGACGACGUGGACUGUGCUCUAGAAAAAUAAUAUUGAAAUCAGACACACCAACGGGAGAUGUUCUAUUGGAUGAAGCAUUAAAGCACAUAAAAGACACAGAUCCACCAGAAACGAUUCAAAGUUGGAUUGAAUAUUUAAGCGGUGAAACAUGGAAUCCAUUGAAAUUACGUUAUCAGCUAAAGAAUGUGCGUGAAAGGCUUGCCAAAAAUCUAGUUGAGAAAGGCGUAUUGACAACAGAGAAACAGAAUUUUCUAUUAUUUGAUAUGACUACACAUCCACUUAAUGACAACAAUAUUAAGUCUAAAUUGGUUAAGAAGAUUCAAGAUGCAGUUCUAAGUAAAUGGGUGAAUGAUCCACAGCGAAUUGAUAAGCGUAUGCUGUCAUUAAUAUUCCUUGCGCAUGCUAGUGACGUUUUAGAGAAUGCAUUUGCACCGCUUAACGACGACGAUUAUGAUUUAGCAAUGCGUCGCGUUAGAGAAUUACUGGAUUUAGAUUUUGAGGCAGAAGCGGCAAAGCCAAACACAAAUGAAAUUGUUUGGGCUGUCUUUAUGGCAUUCACGAAAUAA